UUGGCUGUUAGCGGUUUCGAGUCGGUUCUCGAGAUUCAGAAUUAAACUUACUUUUGCGGGAUUCAUAAAUCCAUCAAAUCCUUCGAGAUCGACUUUUCCUUCGAGAAAAAAAAAAAAAAAAAAUAUUUUUCUCCCUCGAACAAUGUUACGAAGAGAUCUUUCGUACAUAUAACAACGAUAACUGGUGCGUGUCGAGAAAUUCUUUUUUGCUGAAACCACAGAAUGUACAAGCAGUAUUACAAGAAAUUCUUCCCACGAUGGCUGCCGACGCGAGUUUUGAUCGGUAUAAUGAUGUUCACGGCAUGCUGGACCAAUUACAUGUUGAGGUUACAAAUGCCGAUCCUGGCCGUGCCGAUGAUCAAGGCCCGGGCCGUAGCAGGUAGCAACAUAACGAGCGCUGCAUGCGACGUUAGAAUACGUCGCGCCAUCGCUUGGCUGGAUCCUGGCAUACAUCUCGAAGAUUAUAUCCUUGCGGAGAGGUUAGAAGCCGCUCAAAAUGCAGCUGUCAAUUCGAAGGCGUACAACAUUCGCGUAAGGAGAUCAGACGCGAUCAGGCCGCCCGGUAUAUACGUAUUCAACGGUCUACCUUUUGAUUGGAGGCCCGAAAUUCGCGGCCAAUUAAUAGCCGCAUACAGUUACGGUAAUGUGCCUGGAAAUUUAUUGGGCGGCAUGAUGGCCGUUAAAUGGGGCGCAAAGAACGCGAUACUCUGGACAUCGAUUCUCGCAGUCACGAUAUCGUUCUUCAGCCCGAUUCUCGCACAAUUUCACUGGGGCGUUCUAUUAUUCACGAGGAUAAUCAUCGGUCUGACCGGUGGUAUAACGUUCCCGGCGUGUCACAGUUUGGUGGCGCGUUGGGCGCCUCCGAACGAAAAGGCACGUUUUGUUUGGUCGUUGCUCGGCGGCACGUUCGGUACCAUUUUCACGUAUCCAUUGGUCGCUGGUAUAGCAGAGUCGUUGGAUUGGGAGAGCGGAUGGUACAUUCCAUCGUUGAUGAUGGUGGUUUGGAUAUUUUUUUGGGCGUUGAUCACGUACGAUUCUCCCGAAGAGCAUCCUGGUAUCACGACUGAGGAAAAAGAAUACAUUAUCACUGAACAAGCGGGCACAGUUCGCAAAGUAAAGCCGACGUUGAAACAAACACCGUUAAAAGAAAUAUUUACUUCAAUACCGUUCCUCAGCUUGAUCGUGUGCCAUUUCGGGAAUAUGUUUCUCCUCUUCUUUUAUCAGAACGCCAUGAUGAUUUAUCUAACGAAAGCUUUAGGAUUCGAAUUGACCAGAGGCGGGGUCGCAGCUGCCCUUCCCUGGCUUUUCAGGAUGGUCUUCGGCUUCUUUUUCAGUUGGGCCGGUGAUACGUUGAAGAGGAAGAAUAUCUUCAGACUCACCACUAUACGUAAAGGCGCAACGAUAUUCUCUCAUUUUCUGCCCGGAGUCUUCUUCAUUUUGGUCGGAUACGUUGGAUGCAGGUUCGUGCUCGCCAACAUAUUUCUCAUGCUGGCGCUUGGCUUUAACGGAGCUGCGAGCAUCUCCAACCUGUCCAACAAUCAAGAUCUUUCCCCGAAUUUUGCCGGUUUUCUAUACGGUAUCAUGAACACUAUCGGUUGUACUUCCGGUUUUAUUAUUUCUCCUUUGGUCGAGGAGAUAGCUGGAAAAUAUGGAAAUCCUAUCGAAAGAUGGCAAACAUUGUUCUGGAUCGGUGCAGGGGUGUGCAUAGUUUGCAUGAUCGUCUUUCUAAUCGGAGGAAGCGGAAACAUUCAACCUUGGAACGAGGUUCGAAUUGAAGAAGAUGAGGCCGAAACUUAAUUAUAAUUUAAAACUUUUAUUUUUAACGUUAAAUAUUUCUGCGACAAAAAAAAAAAGGUUAAAAUAAGUAUUAAUUUAAAUUAUAAAUUACGUAUGUUGAAUUUUUAUAAAAAUCAUAAUAGCGUUUUACUUAUAUUUUUAUCGUACUGACAAAUAGAUAGAAUUAUCGUGGAUGCAUAAGAAAUAUUAUUGUAAAUAUUUUAUAAAUCUCUCGAUGGAAAUAGAUAAGUUCUAGUAGAGAGAGAGAAAAUAGCGCAAAAUUUUAUUAAAAUUUCAAGAAUUUAUAUGAAAUUAUAGAAGAGAACAAAGUUCUCAAAAUUUUUUAUACGAUUUGUUAGAAUGUUAUAGAAUAUAAUCGAGUGUUUCUUUAUUGAAUAAAUUUAAUAUAAAUAAA